UUUUGCCCAUUUGAGAGGCACAAACCUCGGUGCACCCUGUUAGUAGAUGAGCUUCAACCUGUUUUUGCGUGCUCAGUCAAGUUUGCGCACGUUUUUACAUGCGCAAACCUUUAGUAAAUCAGGCCCUUAGACUCUUCUGUCCGUCCGUCAGCCUUCCACAGAUUCAGUAAAUACCCUCCGAUGUCUGACUGGGACACUCAUGUGAAGCUGUGAAACUGAAGUCGUCCAUAACAGGCGUGAGUGUCACUGGACCACUGGGGACAUUUCCAUCCCAGCGUCAUUAACACAACAGGUUGAAGAACGAUGUUUGGCUCGGCUGUGUUGUGUUUCCUGCUCCUGCAGACUGGAGUCCUUGCUUUUCAUAUAGAUCAGGAUGACUCUUUGAAUCAUCAGGAAAUUACUGAGAGUGCAAUUCUAAGUGUCACUUUGCAGGCGUGCCGUUCACUGGCCCUUUCAGAGGGUCGAGACUUCAGUUUUCCACCACAGCCUUAUGAAGCAGCGUCUGUAGCUCAGGCCUGCAGACCUGGAAUAUCAUCCAAGAGUUUCGCCGAAGUCAUUGAGUUAAUCCAAGAUAAAAACGUAAAAGUGGAUAAAAGUCUCACAUUCUUCUCCGCAAAACAUCACUUUGAUAAUGAGCUGUUUAAUGAGGGAAGGGCUCUCAUCAUAGAAGGAUUAGGAGCUGUGAAGGCCAGUAACCGGGAGGGGAACUUUCAAGCAGCAAGAAAAAGACUGGGAAAAAUCCUCCACUCUCUACAGGACUUCUACAGUCACAGCAACUGGAUCGAAAUGGGAAACAAACGCCCAAACACCAAUCUGCUCAGAGGAGGCACCAGUAUCGGUAACAUAGCAGAUAGAGCAAGAGCGACCUGCCGGAGCUGUGAUGGUGACGACUGCACAAAUAACAUUUUGGAAGAUGUCCUACGUGACAAAAUCCUGACCUCAGGGUAUUUUAAACUUUGGACGUUUUUUCCCAGAUCGAAACCAGCAGGAAAAUGCAGUCAUGGAGGUUUUUUUGAUGGAACAAGCAGAACUGAGCCCAAAGGUGGAAUCAACAAGGACAAGGUGGACUCCAGCCAUGGACACCUCCACUUUCAAGCAGCAGAUGUGGCUAUAGCUGCCACCAGUGAGCUGUUGGAGGAUGUCCGAAGAGCUGCUGGAGACAGAGUGUUCCUAGAGAUGAUGGGGAUUUCCACAGGUAAACCUCUCUGUUUCUGCAUCGACACGACAGGAAGUAUGAGCGAUGACAUCGAUGCAGUGAAGACUGUCACCUCCUCUAUAAUUAACAGUAAAGCAGGAACAGCUGAAGAACCCUCAAUUUACAUCCUUGUGCCUUUUAAUGACCCAGACUUUGGUCCACUGAUCAGAACUACAAAUCCAACUGAAUUCAAGACAAAAAUUAAUGCGCUAACAGCAACUGGAGGAGGAGAUGCUCCAGAAAUGGCUCUGUCAGGACUUCAGCUGGCUCUGACUGGUGCCCCUCCCAAUUCUGAGAUCUUCCUCUUCACUGAUGCUCCUGCUAAAGACAGACACCUGUUAAACACUGUGAAUGCACUUAUAGAGCGAACGAAGACAGUGGUAAAUAUCAUGUUGACUGGUAUUAUUGGCUUACGUGGAGAGAGAUCGACAAACCACGGCCAGUAUCAGUUGAGUCGCAUGCUGUCAUCGGACGCCCAGCUGUUCAGAGACCUGGCUGAGGCUUCAGGAGGCCUGGCUAUAGAAGUUAGCAAGAGUCAGCUCCUGGAGGCCACUAGUAUUGUAGUAGAGUCUUCCAGCUCCACUUUGGUGACACUUCUGAAGGUGGCCAGGAGUUCAGGAGGAGAGUCGGGCAAUUUUACAUUCACAGUGGACGACUCUGUUAAAAACCUCACAAUUUACAUCACUGGGGGAAUUGACAAGUUAACUCUCACUAGCCCCUCAGGUGUGUCUCAGGAAGGUACAACAGGCCCAUUAGUCACUUCAUCCCAGUUUGUGGGAAACUUUCACACCGUCAGGCUGAUAAUGCAAGUGGGACUUUGGAAAAUGACAUUGGUGUCAGCAAAUGCAUACACUCUAAAGGUCGUAGGUCAGAGUCCCAUCGACUUUUUCUUUACAUUUGUGGAGCCAUCACGAGGUCUGUUUGGGGGUUUUGACACUGUAGACAACCGUCCCAGAGCAGGCGUCAAUGGUACUCUGAUGGUAACAGUAACCGGGAGUAACUCAGCCAUUGUGACAGACGUCGUUCUGGUCGAAUCAUCAGGGCCAGGGGAGGUUAACGGUAGUGUGGAAAAUCAGGACGGUAAAACGUUCUUAGUCCAUUUUGACAGGAUCCCAUCACAGGCGUUUGUUGUGCUUGUGAAGGGACAGAUUGGGAAUAGUUCUUCCAGACUGUCUUCAGUGAGAUUCCAAAGACAAUCAACCACCAGCCUCAAAGCAUCUUCUCUGUCAAUUACUGCUGAUGAUUCAGAUGGUAUCAUAGAACCAGGAACUACGUUUUCAGUGCCUUUCUCUGUCAGAACCAGCGGGGCAGGAGGAACCGUCAACAUCCAGGCUGUUAAUGACCAGGGUUUCACUUCAACUUUCCCAUCCACUUUAGUUUUGGAAAGUGGAGACAGUGCUAAUGGCACAGUAAACAUCACAGCUCCUGUUAACACCACAUCUGGUACAGAAGUCACCCUGACCAUAGAGGCCCAGACUUCUGAUGGUUCAGAUGCCAACUAUGUUGUGUUGAGUCUCAGUGUCCUUAAAACGGUGACUGAUUUCACUCCUCCGGUUUGCAAGCUGCUCACUCUACAGUCCAACUGCUCUGAUGGCCACAACUCGUCCAUGUGGGCGCUCACCCUCCAGGUCACAGAUGGGAUUAACGGUACAGGUGUGGACCGCAUCAGCCUCAGACAGGGCAACGGCACCCUGAAUACCACCCUGUCCCCUGGAGACAACAACACCAUCGCUGUGUCUUAUACUGCACCCUGCUCUUCGCCUACGGUGGAGCUGGUGGUUGUGGAUCGGGUGGGGAAUGUAGACACCUGUAUCUACAGUGUCAUAGUCACAACCAAAACCCCCAUGACCACCAAACCACUGACUACAAUGUCACAAUCACAGACUACAACAUCACAAUCACUGACUACAACGCCACAAUCAACCACAUCUUUUUCUACAAGGGUUGUUCAGUCAUCCCUUCUUUGUUUCACCAUUGUGAUUCUUAGUCUUGGGUUUAAUUUGCCAGGUUAAGAGGGACUCCACAGAGUGUAAUGUUAGUGUAGGGAGGUGUUCACAGAUCCAAAUAGCAUACAUUUAUAUUAGUGUGAGUAAAAGGGAUUUUUUUUAGACUAAGUUAGCAGUAAUCAUUAUUUAACCAAAAAA